UGCACAGACAAAUGCACUGCUCUCGGCCAGGCAGAAGUGAAAGGAGAGUUGACGUGUGAACAGCUUGGCCGGCCGCUGCCAUUUCACCGAUGUCCAGUUGAGUCGAAGCCCAACGUCACCUGCGCCAAUCAGGCCUGCAAGUUCAAGUGGUGGGUCAGUCCGUGGUCAAAGGUGACUGUUCAAUUUUACUUGGCCUUUCUGCUUUGCAUUGUUGAAACUUAG